CCUGGCCGGCUUCCGGUGCGCCGUCCGGGUUUCCGGUUUUUGUGCGGAUGAGAGGCCUGGCGCUGUCGAGAGGCAACUGAGUGCCAACGGGAGCCGGGCCCGUGAUAUGCGAGGCCUGUGAGCUCCUUUCUUUAUCGUUUGUCGUCUGAUGGCCGCUGAUCAGGACAAGCUGGACGGACUAACCCUGCCGGGCCGCAGAGCCAAAGCAGGCAUGCAAAUGAAGAGCCCUGAGAAGAAACGUCGCAAGUCGAACACUCAGGGUCCUGCUUAUUCUCACCUGUCUGAAUUUGCCCCACCACCCACUCCGAUGGUUGACCACUUGGUGGCUUCAAAUCCUUUUGAAGAUGACUUUGGGGCUCCUAAGGUUAACGCAGCAGCAGCCUCUCCCUUCAUGAAUAACUCGGUGCCAUUUGGUAAUUUCCGGAUGCAGGGAGGCAUGCCUCAUCAGGUGCCUCCUGGCUACCCUGGUGGUCCUCAGCCUAUAAGGAGGCAGCCUCCCCCAUUCCCUCCGAAUCAGAUGGGCCCCGGCUUUGGCAUGCCUCAGAACCCAAACUAUGUGCAGCCAGGAAACAUGAACUUUUCUAACCAGCCUUUCAAUCAAGCCAUGGGGCAGAGCUUUAGUCCUCCAGCCGGGCAAAUGAUGCAGGGGCCGGUGGGUGGAUUUGGGCCAAUGAUGUCUCCGACCAUGGGGCAGCCUCCACGAGGGGACAUGGGGCCAGGGCCUGGGCCUGUGAUGAACUCUCCUGGUGGCCCUCCUUUUUCUCAAAGGUUUGGUUCUCCUGGCCACCCUUUUGGACAGCCCACAAUGCAGAGACCUAGCCUUCCUCCCAACACUAGCCCGUUUGCAGGGGCAGAUCAGAAUUUCCCUCCAGGGGUGGAAGAGCAUAACAAGAAUCUCAACCCUCCCAGCAACUCCUUCAGCCAAGACCAGCAUGUGGGAUCUCCGGCAGCUGUCAAUGGGAAUCAGCCAAAUUUUACUCCCAAUAGUGCCACGAGGGGCAACAGCAGCACUCCCGAGGUCAAUAGCAGUAUCCCUCCUCCCAGCAAACCGGCAGGGAACUCGGGCCACCAGCCACCCCCAGGACUUGUUUACCCCUGUGGAGCCUGCAGGAACGAGGUGAAUGAUGACCAGGACGCCAUCCUGUGUGAGGCCUCCUGCCAGAAAUGGUUCCACAGGGAAUGCACAGGGAUGACAGAAAGUGCCUACAGCCUGCUCACGAGGGAGUCCUCAGCCGUGUGGGCUUGCGAUUACUGCCUGAAGACGAAGGACAUUCAGUCUGUGUACAUCCGAGAGGCCAUGGGACAACUCGUGGCCGCCAACGAUGGAUGAGCGUAAGAUCAACGCCAUGACUCCAGCUUAACGGCGUUCCUUAAACAUGACUGGCUGUGGUGGAAGGGGCAUCGAGCAGGACCUGCCGGCACGGACCCGAGAAACUAUUACCUACAGAUAUUGGGCUAGCAGUGUAGGAAUCUGGCUGCGGAGAAGCCGUGUGGCAUGAAACCGGCUGCCGGUGAAUAAACACCUCGAGAUAUCGGUGUGUUACACGGACACGUUUCACGCUGUAAACAUUUUAAUGUGACGUUCCGUUUUAUUUUGUACAGAUAAGACGUACUUCCUUUUUGCCUGUCUGUAUUUUUGAUAACGUGUAUGUUUUUGUCUAUAAUUCAUAUUAAAUGUCUGUUCCUGCGGGUCUGA